UCAUUUUCACAAAUGUUUAAAUAUGUAACAAUAUAAAUAUAUUUUUAUGCAAUUAAGUUAAAAUAAAAUCAAAAAGUAUAUCUCUAGUUACUAAUUGAUUAUUGUAAGAGUAUUCAAUAAAACGUGUAUUUUAUAGCGCCAUCUAGUGGAACGGAGCAGAAUUACUUUAAACUGAUAAGAAUGAGCGGACGAAUUGUUUGUUUUGUAUCCCGCCGACGGCACGCAACGACUUUACUACGCUUGCGCGGUGGAAGGGAUAUAGUAAACUCAAUGAAAUUUUUAAUCAGUAGGCGUUUCGUUUCGUUGUCGAUGGUGCACGGUGCGUUGAAGCGUAUGAUUUAAGUGUUAUAUCGCCUACACGCGAUUUAUAAAUAAACUUUUGUGUUGUGCACUGAUUGGAUCUGUUGAAAAUGGCCACGGCUCCAGUUAAGAAGGUCCCCAUACAUUUACAGAGCUCCCAGAACCGACUGCUGAUAAAGAAUGGGCGUGUCGUCAACGAUGACGGAAUGGAAGACGCUGAUGUUUACAUCGAGGAUGGCAUCAUCAAACAAGUGGGCCGCAACCUCAUCAUCCCCGGGGGUACACGCACUAUCGACGCCACGGGAAAGCUCGUGAUGCCGGGCGGCAUCGACCCGCACACCCACUUCGAGCUGGAGAUGAUGGGCGCCAAGACCGCCGACGACUUCUAUAAGGGAACCCGCGCCGCCGUCGCGGGAGGCACCACGACUGUCAUCGACUUUGUGCUGCCUGAAAAGGGGCAAUCGCUGAUCGAGGCGUACAACAAUUGGAGGCAGAAGGCCGACGGCAAGGUGUGCUGCGACUACGCCCUGCACGUCGGCGUGACCUGGUGGUCGCCCUCCGUCCGCAAGGAAAUGGAGAAGCUGGUCUCCGAGGAAUUCGGCGUCAACUCCUUCAAGAUGUUCAUGGCGUACAAGGACGCCUGGAUGCUGGACGAUUAUAAUCUCAUGUGCGCUGUCGAGGCGUGUGCUGAACUGAAGGCUUUGCCCCAGGUGCAUGCAGAGAAUGGGCACAUCAUAGCUCGCAACACGGAGAAACUCCUAGCGGCCGGCGUCACCGGCCCUGAAGGACACGAGCGAUCCAGAGAUGAGGAGGUGGAAGCGGAGGCGGUCAAUCGCGCGUGCGUUAUUGCCAACCAGGCAAAUUCGCCGCUAUACAUCGUGCACAUGAUGUCCAAGAGCGCCGUGCGAGCGUUACAACAGGCCCGCGCUCGCCAGCGGCAACCUUUGUACGGAGAGACUCUUGCUGCCACCGUCGGCACUGACGGUGAGUCCUGUAUCCUGUACAUGAGGCCUAGGCCUCCAUACACCGUGCACAUGAUGUCCAAGAGCGCCGUGCGAGCGUUACAACAGGCCCGCGCUCGCCAGCGGCAACCUUUGUACGGAGAGACUCUUGCUGCCACCGUCGGCACUGACGGCUCGCACUACCGCAACGCGUGCUUCCGGCACGCCGCCGCGCACGUGCUGUCGCCGCCGCUGCGCCCCGACGCCUCCACCGCGCCGGCCGUCGUGGAGGCGCUCGCCGAGUGA